GAAUGCAUGCAGCACAGUGGGCGAUGCUGAAUCUGCUGAGGGCGUGUUUCAAGAGCUUCGCGACGCAAACAUUGCCCCUGAUGUAGUCAGCUACAAUUCGCUCAUCAAUGUGUAUGCCAAGAGAGCUGAUGCAACAAGCGCCUGCGCGAGACUGGAGGAGAUGGUUGCCGCAGGCAUUCAGCCUUCGCAAAUCAGCUUUAACACAGCCAUAAAUGCUUGUGCAAAAGCGGGCCAGCUGCCGGAAGCAGAGGCUCUCAUGGAGAGGAUGCCACACGUUAGCCUAUGCCCUGAUGUAUUCAGCUAUACCUCGCUGGCGGACGCUUACUCCCGUCAGGGGAACAUGCGAAAGGCUGUGGCGCUGGUAAAGGGCAUGCAGCGAUCCGAAGUGCUUCCCAAUGAGAGAACCUACACGACUCUCAUCCAGGGUUGCAGACGCCAAGGGCUUCGAACUAUGGCGGCCGAAUUCCAGGCAGAGCUUGAGCGAAUGAGAAGCUUGGGACAUACUGCUCAGCACUCCAAUCAGCACCGUCCUGGGUCGGAUCGUGCAAGGUCUUACGAUGUGGAAAAAGAGCACGCCAAGAGGCAGUCCAAGCGAAUGCCGCUACAGCAUCACAGGCCAUCCUACCAGAGAGGGCAGCGGAGGCCAGCUCGCAUCGUCUCCAUUCCUGACCCAUCGCAAAAGACAUAG